AUGAGCUUCGUCCAGGGUACUGCCUAUGCCGAGUCCGAUGCGGACGACGAGUACGAGCGAGACAUCCACGACAGCUCCCCGAUCGACCACACCGACGCCGAAGCCUCCCCUACUGAAUCCGACCCGCCUUCCAACGAGCACACUCCGACCACCUACGGCUACAGGAGCAGCGCCGAUCGGCUGCCCGAGACGAUAAUAACGGAGUGGACAGCCGAGGAGUGCGCCGACUUCAUUGCGACCAUUGGGCUGCAACAGUACUCUGAUCGCUUCAUAGAGAAUGAAAUCGUUGGCGAGGCCCUUGUGGCACUGCUUCAUGAUGAUCUGAAGCAGAUGGGCAUCAACAGCGUGGGCCAUCGCCUGACCAUCCUCAAGAGCGUAUACGACGUCAAGAAGGCCCAGGAUAUCCCGAUAGACAGCGACCAGUACAUCCCCAUGUCCGCCGACGUGGAGGCUCAAUAUGCCAAUGCUACACUGAAGGAUAUCAAGCACCUUGUUGAACAGCUCAGGCUCCGCGAUGAGCGGAUGAAUCUGGUUGAGCAGGAUCUGCGCCGGCUGACCGAAGACUUCAGACGCUUGCGGGAGGAUAUGCUUCCGGCGUUGCGGUUGGCAAAGGAUGCGCAGCAACCCCUGCCCAACGUCAACAACGGCCCAUCUUAUCCGUACGACUCGACCAUCUCGCCCCCUGCUCAGACACCUUCUACGGUGCAAUCGGCCGGUGGGCUCAAGAGACAGUACUCGACCAAGAAGAUCAUGCUGGGGACCACUCCCAAGACGACCUCGCCGACACACCUCCAAACUACGCACGACCGUUCGAUAGUCGAACAGACACUGGACCCGGCCAGCGCUGCAGAAAGGGCCGUCCUCUCAUCGUCGCACCUGGCGGCGAUGAAUGGCAGCGGCCAGCCGCAGGUGUCGCCCUCGUAUCCCUCACCGAAUAUACCCUCUCCAACAUCACCGCCGACCACCAUGGGUGGCACUGUACUUGCAUCGCGUUCAUACCGCGGUGACCAGCCUCCCUCCUCAAGCCGUUCUACCUUUGCCGAAUCCGACCACUAUGCCUCUCGCGACAAGCCGCCGGCACCUCGGCGGAUGCAGACACCUGCGCCGGACACACCCAGUUCCAGCUCUGUGGAGAUUUUCAAGUCCUUCCGGGUUAGCAUGGAUGACCCCUGCUACAAGGUGCUCCCCGCGGCUCUCAAGAAAUACCAGAUCAAUGCGCCAUGGGACCAGUACGCGCUCUACAUCGUGUACGGUGAUCAGGAGCGUUGCCUAGGCCUCGACGAGAAGCCCCUCAUCCUGUUCAAACAGCUGGACAGGGAGGGCAAGAAGCCCAUGUUCAUGCUGAGGAAGACGAACAAUGCGCAGGUGGAGGCCGAGACCCCUGGUAGCGCAGGCCUCGGAGCCAGAGGAACUGCUACGGGAUAUGACCCACCCGGUGGCAUCAUAUAA